AUGCUCUUGCAGAGACUGUCCUGGCUCUGGCUGUACCUUAGAAUCAGUGUCGUUUUGGGUGUCUUUCUGGGACCUGAACCCAGCAUCCCUGAGCAGCAUGGGAAAAACAACUGCUAUCAGCUUAACAGACUUUACUGCAACUUCCACGAAGCAGAGAUGUACUGCCACGCCCAGAGAGGACACCUAGCCAACACUUGGAACCCAAAGCUACAGGACUUCCUACAGAACUCUCCUCAAAAGGAAACAGUGUGGUGGGUUGGGAUAAACCUAAAGCUACCAAGAAAGCAGCCAGGGAUAACCCAGACAGGUAGGGCUCUGGUGUUGAGAGCUGCUGCCAAAAAGCCAGAUGAGUGCACUUCCGUGGUCACACGCUCUAACGCUUUCUUCCCGAAAUGGGACCAGUGCUUAAAGAAGCAUCAUUUCAUCUGCCAGGCUGUCGAAGUCCCCCCUCAAGGUGCAAACAUUUGGAGAAACGAGCUUGGUCCUUGGAAACCCAUGAAAAAAAGAAGAGCUGAGUUAGAGAGACACAUGAUCCCAGGCAAUGGUCCCCUGUUAUCCAUGUGCCACCCACCUGCCCCUCCUGAGCUGUCUGAGACACUGUGCUUCCCCAUCGACCCAGUUUCUUCAGUACUUCCAAAAGCCACACACAAGAUGACAAUAGCAUUCCCAAACAGAAGCUCACAGGUGACAUCAGUAGUAACUGCAUCCAGCAGCCCACCACAGGUGACAUCAGACACACCUGCAUCCAGCAGUCCACCACAGAUGACAUCAGACACAUCUGCAUCCAGCAGUCCACCACAGGUGACAUCAGACACACCUGCAUCCAGCAGCACACCACAGGUGACAUCAGACACACCUGCAUCCAGCAGCCCACCACAGGUGACAUCAGACACACCUGCAUCCAGCAUCACACCACAGGUGACAUCAGUAGUAACUGCAUCCAGCAGUUCACCACAGGUGACAUCAGACACACCUGCAUCCAGCAGCAGUCCACCACAGGUGACAUCAGACACACCUGCAUCCAGCAGCAGUCCACCACAGGUGACAUCAGAUACCCCUGCAUCCAGCAGUCCACCACGGGUGACAUCAGACACACCUGCAUCCAGCAGCCCACCACAGGUGACAUCAGACACACCUGCAUCCAACAGCAGUCCACCACAGGCGACAUCAGUCACACCUGCAUCCAGCAGCCCACCACAGGUGACAUCGGACACACCUGCAUCCAGCAGCCCACCACAGGUGACAUCAGACACACCUGCAUCCAGCAGCCCACCACAGGUGACAUCAGACACACCUGCAUCCACACGCAACAGCAGCCCACCACAGGUGACAUCAGACACACCUGCAUCCAGCAGCACACCACAGGAGACAUCAGACACACCUGCACCCAGCAGCAGUCCACCACAGGUGACAUCAGACACACCUGCAUCCAGCAGUCCACCACAGGUGACAUCAGACACACCUGCAUCCAGCAGUAGCCCACCACAGGUGACAUCAGAUACCCCUGCAUCCAGCAGCAGCCCACCACAGGUGACAUCAGACACACCUGCAUCCAGCAGCCCACCACAGGUGACAUCAGACACACCUGCAUCCAGCAGCAGCCCACCACAGGUGACAUCAGACACACCAGUACCAAACAGCCCACCGUGGCCAGUGAUAACAGAGGUCACCAGGCCUGAAUCCACAAUACCUACGGGAAGAUCUUUGGCAGACAUCACUUUAAAUGCAAAGGAAGACUCUCCCCUAGGAGUCAUCUCCACCCAUCCACAGAUGUCACUUCAGAGUUCAACCAAUCAGGUCAUAGAGGAGACAGCAGGGAGGCUGAUCCUAGCAAAUCCUGCUUCUCAAGCUCACAGUGAAUUCCAGAAAGCUUGCAGUAUCCUCCAGAGGCUGAGAGACUUCCUGCCAACAUCUUCCACAUCAGCUCAGAGGAACAACAGUUGGAGCUCUCACACUCCGGCAGUCAGCUGCCCCGUCCAGCCUCUUGGAAGUCUACUAACAACCAAGAAAAGCAGUCAUCAGAUGGCCCAGCAAGAUACUGAGCAGCGCCCCAUAGACGAAGCUUACACCGCCUUUGGGAUCAACUCAGAGGGACCAACAAUUGCAAGUGAUGUUCAGCUACAGAGUGAGUUUGAGGUUGAAGACAUGCUGGAGACAUCCUUGAUGGCCCUGGGGGAGAUCCACAGAACAUUUUGCCAACAGAGUCUGUGUCCUCAGUCAGCAGUGACCCUGGCCUCCCCCACUGCUACUCUGGUGUUGAGCAGCCAGAAUGUGUCGUCGUUGCCUCUGAGCACCUACACUCUGGGGGAGCCUGCACCCUUGAGGUUAGGCUUCCCAUCAGCAGAAGCGCUGAAGGAGCUCUUGGAUAAGCACCCAGGAGUGAACCUUCAAGUGACAGGUCUGGCUUUCAACCCUUUUGAGACUUCGGAUGACAGUAACAUUGUGGGAAGCAUCGGGAAUGUGCUGCUGAGCUCUGGAUAUCAGUCGAUCCGAGUCCACGAUUUAAUAGAAGAUAUUGAGAUUGUGCUCUGGAGAAAUGCCAGCAUGGAGACUCAGCCCACGAGCCUCAACACAAGUACAGACUGUUUCACAAUCUCUGUAAAUAUCACUUCCUUGGAGAAAACCCUCAUUGUGACCAUUGAGCCAGAAAGUCCCCUCCUAAUGACACUCCACCUGGGCUUCCAGGACAAGCCGGGCCACACUCACUUCUAUCUCAACAUCAGCCUGCCGAGGGGCCAGGUGUGGCAGAAAGAUGAGGAGUACACAUGGGUGCUGACACCAGAGAGCCUGUGGUAUGGCACUGGCACCUACUACAUAAUGGCUGUGGAGAAUAAAGGUGCAGAGACGGCGCAGCGCGCACCCGUCCUGGUCUCAGUGGUCACAGCUGUCACCCAGUGCUAUUUCUGGGACCGAUACAACAGGACAUGGAAGAGCGAUGGAUGCCAAGUGGGGCCGAAGAGCACCAUUUUAAAGACGCAGUGUCUCUGUGACCACUUGACCUUCUUCAGCAGUGACUUCUUCAUCGUGCCCAGGACGGUGGAUGUAGAAAACACCAUCAAACUGCUCCUUCAUGUGUCCAACAACCCUGUCGGCGUGUCGUUGCUAGCCAGCCUUUUAGGAUUCUAUAUCCUCUUAGCCACGUGGGCUUGGAGGAAGGAUCGAGCAGAUACGCAGAAGGUGAAGGUAACAGUCCUGGCUGACAAUGACCCCAGCUCUGCAUUCCACUACCUUAUCCAGGUCUACACUGGGUAUCGGAGGAGGGCUGCUACAACAGCCAAGGUCGUUAUCACCCUCUAUGGCUCAGAGGGGCACAGCGAGCCCCACCACCUUUGUGACCCACAGAAGACAGUUUUUGAGCGCGGAGCACUGGACGUUUUCCUUCUUUCCACUGGAUCCUGGCUGGGGGACCUGCAUGGCCUUCGUCUGUGGCAUGACAACUCCGGCAACAGCCCUUCCUGGUAUGUAAGCCAGGUGGUCGUCAGUGACAUGACCGUGAAGAAGAAAUGCCAUUUCCAGUGCAAUUGUUGGCUGGCCAUGGACUUGGGCAACUGUGAGUGUGACAGGGUGUUCACACCAGCCUCCAGAAGCGAGCUCUCUUCCUUCAGACACCUGUUCUCCUCCACGAUCGUAGAAAAGUUCACUCAGGAUUAUCUGUGGCUCUCAGUUGCAACUCGGCAUCCCUGGAACCAGUUUACAAGAGUCCAGCGGCUCUCCUGCUGCAUGACACUACUGCUCUGUGACAUGGUCAUCAAUGUUAUGUUCUGGAAGAUGGGUGGCACCACUGCCAAGAGGGGUGAACGACUAGGUCCACUUGCUGUGACCCUGUCAGAGCUGCUCGUCAGCAUCCAGACCUCCGUCAUCCUCUUCCCCAUCCAUCUGGUCUUUGGGCGGCUCUUCCAGUUGAUUCACCCACCGGAAGUCCUGCCCCCGCUUCCUCUCAGCCAGGCUGCCUGCCCUUCAGCUCUUGUUCCUGAGACCCCGUCUCUUACACAGGUGGUCAAGGAAUUAAAGGAAACUGUGGGAUUCCUGCUCAGGAGAAAUACACAUCUGCUCUCGGAGUGUGAACAGCCUUCCUGGAGUUCUUGUGACAUUAACAUGCUAGUGAAGCUUUUAUCCAGCCUCGUUUACUCUCACUUAGAAGAUCAAGGCUGUCACCAGCAGACAGAAUCCCGCUGGGAAGACGGAGUGCCUGAAAGCCAUUCCCAUUUCUGCCGCUACCUUCUCCGAGUUCUGCAGAGCCUGAAACUGCGCUUAGGUGCUCUGGCUGCUGUCCAGGAACACCAGCCUUACGACUUCUCAGAGGCAGUCAGCCAACUUCAAACCCUCCAGGAACUCCUGAGGACACAGACUCUUCCCAAGGAGCCAGGACCAUGCAGGCAUUCAACCAGUUUCCCCAUCCUAAACCCAGAAGGAGGGAAGAAGCCCGUGCCGUUUUGCCUGUUCAGAUGGUUGAGAUGCAGCUGCUGGCUCCUCCUCGGCGUCAUCAGCCUGACUUCAGCUUUUUUUAUAACACUCUAUAGCUUGGAGUUGAGCAGAGACCAGGCCACCAGCUGGGUUAUUUCAAUGAUGCUGUCGGUACUCCAAGACAUCUGCAUCUGUCAGCCGAUAAAGGUGAUCUUCCUGACAUUGCUGUUCUCCCUGAUGGCGAACCAUAUGCCAUGGCUUACCAAAGACAAGGAACAACACGCCAGGAGAAUUGUAGCACUUUGGGCAAAGCGUCCUUCGUCGGCACCUGGCUUGAGAGACAAGAACAAUCCCAUCUACACUGCUCCAGCAAUGAACCACCUAGCCAGGCGUACAAAGAAAGUCUGGAGGAAGCGGCUCUUCCGGCUGACCGCUGGCUCUCUGGUACAAAUCCUCUUCCUGACCCUGCUGAUGACUACCGUCUACUCUGCAAAGGACUCUAGCCGAUUUUUCCUCCAUCGAGCUGUCUGGAAGAGGUUUUCUCACGGUUUCUCAGAAAUCAAAGCUGUAGAGGAUUUCUACCCCUGGGCCAACCGCACCCUCCUUCCUAACCUGUACGGGGAUUACAGAGGAUUUAUCACUGACGGGAACUCCUUUCUCCUGGGCAAUGUUCUGCUUCGCCAGAUCCGAAUUCCUAAUGACACACACUCCCCAGUGUCUCUCCACGAGCACAUGAACUCGUAUCCCCAGCAUCGGGAGGACAGAGAGAACUAUGGGGCUGGUUGGGUGCCCCCUGACACAAACAUCACAAAAGCAGACAGCAUUUGGCAUUAUCAGAGUCCGGAGUCGCUGGGAGGCUAUCCCAUCCAAGGGGAAGUGACCACUUACUCAGGAGGAGGCUAUGUUGUAAGACUUGGAAGAAACCACAGUGCUGCAACCAGGGUUCUGCAGCAUCUGGAGCGGAGGCACUGGCUGGACCACUACACGAAAGCCCUCUUUGUGGAAUUCACGGUCUUCAAUGCUAACGUGAAUCUGCUCUGUGUGGUGACACUCAUCUUGGAAUCCAGUGGUGUGGGGACUUUCUUCACCUCCCUGCAUCUGGACAGUUUAACGUCCCUUCAGUCAUCAGAGAGGGGCUUUGCCUGGAUUAUCUCACAAGUUGCCUACUACCUACUUGUCUGUUACUACGCCUUCAUCCAGGGCUGUCGGCUGAAGCGGCAGGGCUUGGCGUUCUUCACCAGGAGAAGAAACAUUCUGGACACAAGCAUAAUCCUCACUAGCUUCAGCAUCCUGGGGCUCAACAUGAAGAGUCUCUCUCUGCUUCAUAAAAACAUGCAGCAGUACCGCCGCGACCGAGACAGAUUCAUCAGUUUCUCUGAGGCGCUGAGAGUGAACUCUGUGGCCACUCACCUCAUGGGCUUCCUGCUUCUGUUUGCAACGGUGCGGGUGUGGGACCUACUGCGACAUCAUGCCCGGUUACAGGUCAUCAACAAGACACUGACCAAGGCCUGGGAUGAGGUGCUGGGCUUCAUAAUGAUCAUCAUGAUCCUGCUGAGCAGCUACGCCAUGACCUUUAACCUGCUGUUCGGAUGGAGCAUCUCUGAGUACCAGAGUUUCUUCAGCUCUGUAGUAACUGUGGUUGGCCUCUUGGUGGGAAUUUCUAAGCACAAGGAGGUUGUUGCUCUUUCCCCAGUCCUGGGCUCCUUUCUGGUUCUCAGUAACAUCAUCUUGAUGGGACUUGUCAUCAUUAAUCUUUUUGUUUCUGCCAUUCUCAUUGUCUUUGGAAAAGAAAGGAAGGCCUGUGAGAAAGAAGCUACACUGACAGAUAUGUUACUACAGAAGCUCUCAAGUCUGUUAGGAAUCCGCCAACACCAGAAACCUGCAUCUGAGAAACAUGCUGACAGCACUGGCUCCUCAAAUCUCCGGGAAAGAUCAUCAAAGUCUAUGUCCUCUGACGCCGAGGUACUGGCUCCGGCAGAUGCGGUCGGGAGUGUGUCUGGCACCGAUGGCAACUCUGGCAGUACAAAGGUGUUGUAGUUAUCCACAGGUCUGGAAGGGGGCUUUGCAGGAGCUUCUGGCUU